AUGGUACAGUGUGACGUAUGCGAUUUUUGGUACCAUUUCUCGUGCGUCGAAGUGAGCCAGUCAGUUGAAGAAAUAAACUGGUCGUGCCCUGGAUGUGCAAGCGUGCUUAAAAUAAAAACAAACACCGCAAUCCCGGUACCGAAAGAUGCCCUUGAGACGAAGAAGAUCAGUGAGAAUCAUUCGAAGCAAAGUCUACCGCCUGACGUCACCGUUUCGGCAAAAUCGACCGGGAAAUCAAAUAAACGCAGCGAUAGAAGGAAAAUCGAGCUACAGCGGCAGAAGCUUGAUGAGGAGCGGGAAUGUCAGUUGAAGUAUCUGGAGCAGAAGUAUAGUCGACUGCGAGAUCUGGAGAGCGAGAACUCAUCUCAGGUGAGCAAUCCGGAUUCUAUACUAGAUAAUGCGGCCAAAGUACAGGAGUGGAUAGAAGACACGGAAAAUUGCGGUGAUGACUCAGGCCUUGCUGACGUAGACCCGGAGGACGAACAUGUAUCCCGCAAAUCUCAGGUACCCCAAGGGCAGAAAGAUCCUCUGCAAGAGCCGCGGCAAGAACACAUUGAUCAUGUAGCACGACUAGUCAACGAGCUACUGACUAUAGAGCGUAGAGCUCCGACUGCGACUGCAGAUCCGAUGGGAAACACUCGAAACCCUCAAGGUAACAUGCACGUGGGCCUUUCGGUUGCUGAGCGUGGUCUGACGAACCCUAGAGCUUUAGAGCAACGAGUAACUAUCUCCGAAGCGUGGGCACAGAGAUCAGCAAUGAUUGAACCCCCUAUAGCCCAAGACAGAACGUUCGAACGACCAGUUCCUCCGUCGAAUCUUCACGAAGAAACAAUUAGAAAUCAACCGCGAGCACAGAGCUAUUCAAACAGCCGCUCCGAUGUGCAUACGCAGCGUCUGAAUCGGAGGGAGACCGAAACGUUUACGGAUGGUUUAGAUUUCGUCCCCGGACAAGGAUCUACUCCAGUACCUCAAUCGCGGCAAAGAAUCAUACCCCCCGCAAUUGGGAUGGACAACGAGGACUCCACAUAUACGCUGAAUCGAAGCCAGCUAGCCGCUAGGCAGGCCGUAUCAAAAGACCUACCAGACUUCGGUGGGAAUCCAGAAGACUGGCCGCUCUUCUUUUCGAUUUUCAAUUCUUCGACUCAGCUUUGCGGAUUUUCGAACGAGGAAAACAUGCUCAGGCUGCGGAAAUGCCUCAAAGGAAAGGCGUUGGAAGCAGUAAAGUGCCGCCUGCUACACCCAUCGAACGUGCACGGAAUAAUGUCCACCCUGAAGAUGCUAUAUGGACGACCGGAAACAAUCAUACAAGCAAUCGUCUGGAAGAUCCGCUCAUUGCCAUCGCCUGUCAUUGAAAAGCUGGACACUGUGAUCCAUUUCGCGCUCAGCGUAGAGAAUCUAGUUGCAACGGUAGAAGCCUGCGAGAUAGGAGAUUUCAUGUACAAUGCAUCCCUAAGGUACGAGUUGGUGGAAAGGUUGCCACCGACGUUAAAGCUGAACUGGGCAAGAAACUCUAACCCAAAUCUCCAGGAUUUCAGUAUGUGGCUACGCUUCGUUGCUGAGGAUUCCAGCACAGUUUCAAUCCUGGCCGGCGGUGAUAAUCGACACAGGACAGCAAAAAGAGAUGGUUUUUUGAAUCUUCAUGCAGAAGAGGACUGUCAAUCACACCGAAAACUUUCGAACGCCCCAAUGGUGAGCAAAACUUAUACUCCAAAGGAGUCAGGCAAAGUAUGCGUCGGAUGCAAAGGAAUCUGUUUAACGCUCGCACAGUGCAAACGAUUCAAGGAGCUUAGCUAUGAUUCAAGGUGGGCAGUAGUGCGGAAGUGUAAAGUUUGUCGGAAGUGCUUACGAAAGCACAAUGGACCGUGCAAACAGAAGAGGGUGUGCGGUACCGACGGCUGCUCAUACCUGCACUAUCCUCUUCUACACGAUGAAGGAAAGCACUCGUCGACAUCAUCCGCCACCCCGGCCAGAGCAGCUCCACAAACUCAAAGGAAUCAAGCUACCAGCACCAGUUGUAACGUUCACCAAGGGCAGUCCGAGAUCCUGUUCAGAAUCGUACCAGUUCUCCUUUUUGGUCCAUCAAAGAUGGUACGAACCUAUGCCUUUAUUGACGACGGAUCUGAACUCACGCUGAUGGAGCAGAGUUUAGCUGACGAAUUGGGAGUACAAGGACCCACAAAGUCUCUAUGCCUGCGAUGGACCGGUGGCGCUAACAGAACGGAAGAUCUGUCUCAGAAAGUAAACUUCCAGAUUUCAAGCGUCACAAACCCCUCCAAGAAGCUUUCGCUUCGCGAAGUACACACAGUUGAAAGUCUACAGCUGCGGCCGCAGACGCUACUGAUGCCGGAGAUACUAGCAAAGUACCGACAUCUGAUGGGUUUGCCGGUGGAAUCGUAUCAGGAAGUCAGCCCCCGACUUCUCAUUGGGCUCGAUCACGCCAGCUUAGGAAACGUGAUGAACUACCGUGAAGGUAAGCCGAAUGAACCCAUAGCAGUCAAAACUCGGCUAGGGUGGAUGAUUUAUGGAUGCUGUUCCAGCGCGAGAAAUGGCACCAUUGGAAUUAGUAAACCAAACAAACUGCUACUAUCCAACGACGAUCAAAGAGCGAACGAGCUGCUGCAAUCGUUGACCAGAUAUACGAACGGUCGUUACGAGUCCGGCCUUCUAUGGCGAUACGAUAACGUAAGACUCCCGGACAGCAGGGCAAUGGCGCUACGGCGAUGGGAAUGCCUCGAUCGGCGGAUGCAGAGGGUUGACAACCUAGCUCAGGAACUGACCUCAAAAAUUAUCGACUACCUAGGCAAAGGCUAUAUUAGGAAACUUACUGAAGAGGAACUAAAGACAUUUCGUGAACGAGUUUGGUACCUUCCGAUGUUUCCGGUAGCGAAUCCUAACAAACCCGGCAAAAUAAGACUUGUCUGGGACGCGGCCGCUACUUCAUACGGAGUCUCAUUGAAUUCCGUACUUCUCAAGGGACCCGAUCAGCUAACGUCUUUAAUGUCCAUCCUGAUUCAAUUUCGUGAGUUCCGUGUGGCGGUUUCCGGGGAUAUCCGGGAAAUGUAUCAUCAAGUCCGGAUCAGACCUGCGGAUUAGCACUAUCAACGUUUUCUGUGGAAGGAGAAGGUAGCUGACAAAAUUCCCAGUACGUAUGUUAUGCAGGUCAUUUCGUUCGGGGCGUGCUGCUCCUCCAGUACAGCACAGCUUGUUAAAAACGCCCACGCAAGGAAAUUCGAGCACGAAGACCCGGAUGCCGUUCACGCUACCGUUCACCAGCACUACGUUGAUGAUAUGCUGAUCAGUGCAGAAACGCAGGAGAAAGCAGUACAACUAGCAGUGUAACUUAUGGCCGGCUAGCCCAGUAACGAGACCCUCUAUAGCUUCACAGGGUCGGCAACCGCGUUAGGGAAAACUCACCUGAACACUCUAACCCGGAUUUGGUCUCAACCUGAAAACAAUUUCAAAGGCGCACGCAAGAAAUGUGGCAAACAGAAAAGUCCAACAACCAAUUUAAUUUAAAAGAAACUACUAUUUAUUGAAACGAGGAAUGAGAAAACUUUUAUUAACUCACUGGUCACUGCGUUGAUUCGUCGACGAUGGCUGCUUCCACGUGUUGCUGCUGCUGGUGCUGUCGGCGUGUUCCGCCGGCCGAUGGCCACCGGUCUUCGUCGCUGUCUUGCCGCGUGGCUUGCUCGAACAACUCUUUCGCCGGGAACUUCCUCCGGCCUUCCGUUGGCUUCACUCAGAUAAACGUGGUCGUAUGUUGACGGACGACCGUUCGACACUUCUGAGCCGCUGCCACUUUUCUUCGGAAGAAUCUGGCCUUAAUUUUGGCUGACGGGAGGUCCAGAUUUUCCAGCACCGAGAGUCACUUUAUAGACUCAAACUAUGUGCAAAUAUUGUCACUUCGAACUUACGGCGGAUAACUGUGCCGAUUUCUAAAGUUCCGGGAAUUGUAACGGCUUCCGGAACCAAAUAGCUAAGAUAAUUAUAUAUCUUUAAUAAACUGUCGAAUUUAAUUCACUAUGUGGCUUUCACGGACUCAGGAAAUAAGAGAGCUUAACCAUGUGGUACAGGAGCUUAUAUAGCCUGAGGGAUUCACUCGGGCGGUUGCCCUUCGGGUGCUGGCGCAAAGGUAUAGCCUUCAUUCGGCUGCAAACGGUGGCUCGGCAGAACACGCGAUCAUCUUCCCGCCCGAUCAUCAGGCGUAGCUUCGUUUGCGGGUUGUGAACUCGGCUACUUCGAUACGCAUACAACCAGCGAGUCGCCUAGCAUCCCUAUUCUUGCACAGCUUCGAAUUUCGAAGGGAUUAAUUCACCUAGCUAGCUCCUGAUUGGCUGUCCGUAUUAGUGAAUGGCCCCACUUGACGACACAUCAAAUAUUUUUGUCGCUCUGCUCGUUUAUGAGAGUUUGGGUUUUUUUUUCUCAAAUGGGCAUGGUGGCGAAACACUAAUACGGAUGCCUUUUACUUGUGAAUGCAUGAGUGGUCUCACUUGACGGUACAACGGCUCUUUUUACCGUUCUGUCUGAGUUUUGAACUGUGUUUUUUUUUUUCAAAACCGACGUUGCGACGACCCACAUAUUCACGAGUAUUUAACUGAAAUGAAAUGCAACUUGUUCAAUUUAUUGUUGGGACUCGUAAUUAAUUUAAUUGUACCAUUAUCUUUAUAUAAAAAUAUCUUUUUCUUGCGUGUAUUUUACAUUUAACGACAAUGUUUUUCCGUAACUUUUAUAGCAAUACUGACACCCAGUCAUUACUUUAAGGUGGAACCUUGUCGAAGGUUACAAUGUCCCCCUCCUCGGAGAAAAAAAUUCACGAGACGUGUAUUUUUUUUUCGUUUGCUUCCAAUGUAGGUAAAUCGUCAACCUUGAACUUCACCUUUCAUCGGGAACGGUUUGUCCGGAUUCUUAUUAUUAUACUGUGGUAACAUCGUUCUCAAAUCGUUGCGUGUUUGCUUUGAAUUUGAUAAAAUUUUGUGAUUGUGUUGCUUCCAUUCUGGAAGCCUUUCAUUCACCCAUUCAUUUGCCUUAAUCCAGAAACUUGCUCUCUCGAUUAGUCGUGAUUAACUCCCUCAUUCGUCGAGGAAAAUUCUCAUCCCUAUACACUCCUAUCCUAUCAACAUCCUAUUUACAGAGUACUCGUUCAUUAUUCUCAUUCAAUCGGGAUCCCCACUACUAUCACUUUCUCUCAUCCAUUCACGCUCACUCUUUCAUCCUAUUAUUCUCUAUAAAACUAAGCUAUUCUUACUUUCCUAUUUACUACUAACUGUACAAACUUAUUUACACUGGUUUGGUUCUAGACUAUCAGUUCUUGAACCCUUAAGAUGAGGCUAAAGUCUACCUCAACUUUCCGAUGUUAAUACUUCCUCAAGCGAAGGUUGGAAACUGUUAUGGGGACUUCAUCGACUACAUCUCAGUUUGGAGGCCCUUAGCCUUUUACUGACCUUCAUCGGCACUUGGCCUCUGGUCUCCAGCGAAUUCCCAUGCUAUUUAACUUGUUCACAACCAAGCCUGAAUCAUCGCAUAAAAUUUAACUUGCAUUCAACUUUCCAUCAUAUGCGAGUCGCAAUUUUCGAUAUCGAAAUUAAUGCGAACGCACCCACUUAUCAUUGCAAGUAAUUAACCUUCACAACAAAGCUGGGUUUUUUUUUGCUGCUGCUAAAUUUCAAGUAAAAAUGCAUAAAAACAGGAAAAAUUCUUCAAUUUUCCUGGGAAAGUCAAGUCCCUACCGAUGGAGUGGCACGUUUUCGGUCCGAUUACUACCGAAACCCAGUGGAAUCGGCCGAAUCAGAGAACGAUUGCACCGCGAUGAAUGGACAGGACUGAACGGAUCCAGUUUUGAAGGUCGAGAUGUCGCAUGCAGCCCCGGGAUGGAAUAUUAUAAUCUUAUUAAGUGAAUAAAUACUAUGCAGGUUUUAAGUGUGCGGCGGGCCACACCCCUAAA